CUAAUCUUUGUUUCCAUUUUUAUUACCCCGACCGAGCAGUGCCGCGCGUGCAAAUUACCUUCCGAAGAUCUCUAUCCUUUGGUCAAUCAAUUUUGCUUUCUGGAAUAUGCCCGCCAGCACACUAUAAAAACAUGUCAUACAAUUGUGAAGACAAAUACGCCAAUAACUCCACUCUAUAGAAAGAAAAAGAAAAUUGAGUGAGAGAGAGAGAGAAGGAGAAAAUGGCAGUGACUGUGCCGAGGAUGAAGCUGGGUGCGCAGGGUCUUGAGGUUUCCAAACAAGGGCUGGGCUGCAUGGGUAUGUCCUAUAUGUACGGCUCGCCCAAGCCCGAGCCGGACAUGAUUCAGCUCAUCCACCAUGCCAUCAACUCCGGCGUCACAUUCCUGGACACCUCCGAUUACUACGGGCCCCACACCAAUGAAAUCCUCAUUGGCAAGGCUCUGAAAGGAAUCGCGAGAGACAAAGUGCAAAUAGCUACCAAGUUUGGAAUAACAAUAAAGGACGGGAAGAACGAGAUAAGAGGUGACCCGGCAUAUGUGAGGGCAUCAUGUGAGGCAAGCUUGAAGCGUCUCGACAUUGACUGCAUCGAUCUCUAUUAUGCUCACCGUAUUGACACUCAUGUGCCUAUUGAAGUCACGAUGGGUGAACUGAAGAAACUCGUUGAAGAAGGGAAAAUAAAAUAUGUUGGGCUAUCAGAAGCUUCUCCUUCAACAAUCAGAAGGGCACAUGCUGUUCAUCCGUUAACUGCUGUUCAAAACGAGUGGUCAUUGUGGUCAAGGGAUUUAGAAGAUGAAAUAAUACCUACUUGCAGAGAACUUGGUAUUGGAAUUGUCCCAUACAGUCCUCUUGGUCGUGGUUUCUUUACCUCGGGUGCAAAUUUGAUACAAAAUUUGGGAGAAGGUGAUUCUCGAAAGAGUUUUCCGAGGUUCAGGCCAGAGAACCUCGAAAACAACAAGCUGAUAUUCGAAAGGGUAACUGAAAUGGCUAAAAGAAAAGGGUGCACCUCAUCUCAGCUGGCGCUUGCUUGGGUUCAUCACCAAGGAGAUGACGUGUGCCCCAUUCCAGGGACUACUAAAGUGAACAACUUUAACCAGAAUAUUGGAGCUCUUUGUGUGAAACUAACUCCCCAAGAGAUGGCUGAACUUGAGUCCUAUGCUUCAGCCGAGGUUGUCAAAGGAGACAGGCAUGUUGUCAUGGCAACGACUUGGAUACAUUCAGAGACUCCUCCUUUGUCUUCUUGGAAAGGUGACCAGUGAGUUGCUAUACUUGUUUGAAUGAAUUUUCAUCUGUACUAUGUAAUAAUGUAUAUAUGUUGUGUUACAUUCUGUACACGAGUUUCUUCCAAUUUCCGGUCACUCGCUAUGUAAUGCUGUGUUGGAAAAAUAAUGCAUAUGUAAGUUGCCAUCAGUACUUUCUAUAAAGGGGCAGUGUAUAUGUAUUCUGUCUUGGCAUCACUACAUUUCACCACUGGUUUCUCCACAGCUUUUUUCCCUUUCUGUUUCAUAUAGUGUUUAAUAACACCUUCCGUGAUAUUUUGCGUUAGCCAUCACUACAUUUCACUUUGUUUUUACCUCCU